GGUCCACUCGGAGUGAUCUCCUGUCCAGCUUCCUUUGCAAGUAGCUGAAAUGGCGAUCCAUUGUCCCUCGCUCCUCAUCCUGGUCUGCCUGUUUGGGUCUCUUGCAGGGGAAGAUCUUGACACGAAGGCAUUCAUAUUCCCAGUGAGUUCAAACACAGCCGCUGUGUUUCUGAAUGCUUCGCUCCAGCGACCUUUGACCGAUGUCACCGUCUGCCUGGGAAUCUACACGCUCCUGGACCGUGGCCACAGCCUCUUCUCUUAUGUCACCAAGAUGAAAGACAAUGAACUCCUGCUCUUUAAGCCCAAAGCCAACCAAUACAGCCUUUAUGUGGGGGGCACAUCAGUAACUUUCAGCAUUCCAGAAAAACAGACUUCCAGACCGAAAUGGGAGCACAUCUGUAUGAGCUGGGAGUCUUCCACGGGGCUAGUGGAGCUCUGGUUAGAUGGGCAACCUUUCCCCCGCAUGGGCAUGAAGAAAGGUUACUCCAUAAGUCCAGAGGCAUCUAUAGUUCUGGGACAAGAGCAGGAUUCCUUUAGAGGUGGCUUUGAUAUCAAGCAGUCCUUUAUAGGGGAGCUCAUGGAUGUGUACAUGUGGGACCGGGUGCUGUCUCCCGAUGAAGUGGACCUUGUCCACAAGGGUGGCACCCUUUCCGACUAUCUCAUCAACUGGAGAUCACUAUGUUAUGAAAUUCAAGGGUAUGUUGUAAUUAAGCCUUUCCUGAAGUCGCUCUACAGAACUUGGGAGCCUUAAAUGAAGCAAUUGUUUAAAAGAAAUGGAAAUGUCUUUAAAAUAUUUAGAUGUUCAACGCGGUGGUUCAAUAGAUAGUGGUAAUAGUGUUGAUCUCAACUCUUUUCAGCCUCCUCACAAUUUCCAUGAAAAUCACACGUGUGCCUUUUCCUACAGUGCUCUCCUUCCAAUAAAACAUUGCAUUGUACUCACGUUGACUCUCCUAACAUGGUAAAGAGUUCCAACUGGAACAGUCAACAGAGGUUUUGGAGGAGAACCUUUUUUUAUACUUCUUGCAAAAUCUGGAGUUGAGAAACUAGACCUAAGCAAAAAUGAAAUCCUCCAUCCUAUCUGUGGGCAGAUAAUUUAUUUGUGGGGAGGUCACCACAUUUCUCCGAGGGUAGGGGAAAUUUUCCAACAGUCUCUCAAGGGUGUGGCACACCCUCACCAUGAGCAAUGGCAGCAGCAUAGCUGCUUUGUGGCAACAAUAGAUAAGGAGAGGUUUAUUGUGUGGAGAAAGUGGCUACAGUCCAAUGGGGUCAUUCAAAGAUGCUAAAUGGUGAAACACCUUCUCCACACAGCACAUAAUUAAACUAUGGAAUUAUACAAUGGCAUCAUACGCUGUGUGUUCACUUUUGUAUUUCUCUUCGAAAAUUAUUGAUCAGUAAAAUGUAUAAUAUGCUCUUUUUUGUAAACAAAAAUUUAAACGCUCUUUUAAUCUAAUAACAUGUACACUUUCGUUACCCUCGUCACAGAAAUUGCUUAAUGUGCAUGUCUACUAGGAUUCUGCUGCAGCUGGGCUGUGUGUGCACCUUUGAUCUUCUGGAACCGGUACUGGAUAUGCAGAGAGAGAGAGGACAGUGGGAAAGGCAGGCACAUGUGGUGGUACUGCAGAAAGCACAAGCUUACUCAGCUCACAUGAUAUGCACAUGCACAUCAUUACCCCAUCAGCAAUGUCUGAGUGGCAUAUUCAAUACAUGAGACAGGAGCAGGAAAAGGCAGCCCUUUUCUCUUGCCUGGUGUAUGGCCAAUUUCUCGAAGAUUAUCUUGAUGUAAACGAGGAGCUUAGGAAUGGUAUGUGUAUGCCCUCUGUCCCAUGAUUAUUACCCCAAACCCCUGAUCUAUUUGGGUGCUUAUUGCUUUGCACACUGUAACUGCGAUGUAUUGGAAUCUGGAGAGUUUAAAAUGCAGGCUGUGUUGAGAAAUGCUUCGUUCUGUCUGUGUACAUAUCACUUAACAUAGCUAUUAAUGUAUCAUUUAUUUGAA